GCUAGAAGACUUCUUGAGUCUCACAUGUAUACAAUAACAAAAUGAGACAAUUCCACUACAUAUAUAUCAUCACUUAUUUCUCCGACACCUUUUCCGGUUGAUUCUUUUUUAUUUUCCGGCAACUUAAUAUGCACAAAGAUGGGUACCGGAAUCUUGUGGUGGCACACAUCCUUGCCGCAACCACCGUGGGGUUUAUCUGGGCCGCCGCCGUAUAUCGGCGCCGGAAAAACUCAAAAUCAGUAAAGCCUGAAAGUAUUGUUCCACGGUUAGAUUUGACCGGAUCCGGCCAUGUUGGAAGGGUUGAAAAGUUUCCUCAGUAUGUUGCAAGGCAACUUGGAUUUAGAGAUGGAAAUGAGUGCCCAGAACUAAGCAAAUUGGCAUCAGAUUAUGUGAGAAACUCGAAAGCAUUUGAAGAUGACAUGUAUGUCUAUUUUUCAAAUCACAAAGAGGAAGUUGAAUCACUUUCUAUAAAGCUUGUUGAAGAGCUUGAAAGAUGCAUUCUUAGCUAUUUUGCAUUUCAUUGGAGCCAUGCUUCUCUUAUGAUCAAUCAGGUGCUGAGCGUUGGAUCCGAUGGGAGGAGACUUAAAAACAUGGUUUUGGCAGCUACGAGAAAGCAAAGAUUCGAGAGAGUUACAAAACACUUAAAAGUGACAAGAGCAUUCUCAACAAUGGUGGAGGAACUGAAAGUGAUAGAGUCUAACACCCCUAAGAAAGGCGAUGGCGACGACACCUUAACCGAUGUGAUGGGUCCGGUGGCUCACUGUGAUAGAAGCCCUGUGCUCCUCUUCAUGGGUGGUGGAAUGGGGGCUGGCAAGAGCACCGUUCUUAAAGAAAUACUUAAAGAGGCAUUUUGGUCAGUGACCGCGGAAAAUGCAGUUGUGGUGGAAGCUGAUGCUUUCAAGGAGACAGAUGUGAUUUACCGAGCUCUAAGCUCAAAGGGUCAUCACCACGACAUGCUUCAAUCGGCUGAAUUGGUGCAUCAAACAUCUACGGAUGCAGCUUCAUCUUUAUUAGUAACGGCGUUAAACAAAGGAUUAGAUGUGAUCAUGGAUGGGACAUUGUCAUGGGAACCAUUUGUGGAACAAACAAUUGCCAUGGUGAGAGCGGUUCAUAAACACCGUUAUCGCAUGGGUGUUGGCUAUAAAGUCUUAGAAGAUGGAACCAUCGUCGAAAAUUACUGGGAAAGGGUCGAAGACGAUCCGGAAGAAGAUAAAGAAGUUAAAGUAAUGAAACCUUAUAGAAUUGAGUUGGUUGGUGUUGUUUGUGAUCCUUAUAUUGCUGUUACAAGAGGAAUUAGGAGGGCUAUAGCAGUGAAAAGGGCAGUGAGGGUAAAUUCACAACUGAAAUCACACAAAAGAUUUGCAAAUGCAUUUCCAAAGUAUUGUAGUCUUGUGGACAAUGCAAGGCUCUAUUGCACCAAUGGCAUAGGGGUCCCACCAAAGUUGAUGGGGUGGAAAGACGGCAAUAGCGGUCUAUUAGUCGAUCGAGACCAAAUCAAAUGUUUGGAAACGUUAAGUGAAAUCAAUGAUGAAGCGGAUUCCAUAUACGAGCUUUAUGCUGACCCCAGAAGGUUAACAGAAUCUGGCUCGGUGUGGAAAGAACGUGUGUUGAAGCCAGACAGGAUUGAUCUUCAACGUGAUUUGAAGGUUGUGAUCGAGAGAAUUGAGAAGUCAAAGGAUCCAACACUGCUCAAAGGGUAAUAGUGCAAGACAUCAAGGAGACAACUUUAUGGUGGAUGAUCAAAAGAGCGAAAGUUUCGGGUGUUAAUGUCUUAAACUGGUCUUCAUUUUCUGGUAUAGACUUUGGAUAGAGUAUGUUUUUGGAUAAUAGUUCUAAAGGGUAUUGGAUUUAAGGUGGGGUGGGAGUUUUUUUUGGUUGUAUGUAUGUAUGUAUCAUUGAGGUAUUUGAAUGAAGUAUAGAGAGAAGUAAAAAUUGUAACAUGCAUACCAAAAACUAACCCUUUUAUGUUAGUUUUUAAAUAUAUCAAAAUA